CGCCGGGGCCAGGCCUGCGGGGGAGGAGACUGACUGUCCAGGCCAGCCCGAGGGACAGGUGGGUGGCGGCGGAGCGCCGAGGCGGGCGGCGUGGCGACGCGGGCUUGCCCUCGGCCGGCGCGGCGCGCGCCUCCUGCGCUGCCCUUGCGCUCGCGCCCCUUCGCCUGCGUUCCGGCGGCGGCCGCGCACCGCUGCCUGCGGGUCGGAGUAGGCCGCCCGCCCCGCGAGGGACAGCGUCAGCCCGGGCUGGGCCCUGCAGGGCCUUUCCCACGGUCUGUCCCGACUCACACACCUCCUCCGCUGCCACCUGCCAUUUUAUAAACAGCCCUGUGGGGACGGAGUUGCUUUUUCCUACUGUUAUAUUAUAAGCCACUUCCAAUGCGUUUGAGCUAAAAAGUGGAGUUUGCAUAAACUCUUAAACAUCACAAGUUGACGUGGAAAGCAAGAGGCAUCAAGGGAGGGACAAGCAGAUUCCCUGAAUCAUGGCUGGAGACAUACUGGGUGCUUGUGGAGAAACAAAUUCAGUGAAUUUAUGUUCUCGUAACUGAAGCUUGUUCUGAUGGCCGGGGAACGUGGAGGGAUUACACAGUGCUCCUGUUGUCCCACCGGAGUGUUUCCAUCGGACUUCUCUCUCCAGCUCCAUGACAGUUCCAGUAUGAGGGGUUUAUAAUAAGUACUGUUUCUCCCCUUUUAAGCAGUGAUUGGCUCUCCUUAAGUACAGAAGUCGCAAAGAAAAUGUUCAGGCUUGCUGAGGGACAAGAGAAAAUGGUCAUUAUGUGAGUCAUCCAUUCCUUUCCAUCACUUUCUCAGCCACCGGUGAGGGUGCCUCUGCCCUGGGUGGCCCACAGCAUCUGCUAAUCUUCAUCUGUGCUUUGCCUGGUGACACACACACUUCCAGGGGCCUUGAGGGCUUUACUUUAGGCUUUGACCCUUCAGUCCCUACAUUACCCACUAAUUCCUCCCCAGCAAAUCUUUGGGGUCAGAUAUGCUCCACCAGGACCCCACUCAGUGAUGAUCAAGCUGCAGUUUGUAUCAGAAUGCUUCUGUCUUCUCUCCUGCACUCUGAGGCCCUACUCUUAAGUUCCAGUGGUCAUGGAAGCAGCAUGUCAGGACUUGAAGCCAACUUUAGUUCACAUCUCACUCACCCGGAGACAAAAUGUUGCAACCUGCAGGAGUUCAGGUUGCAGGGACUUCUGGCACUGACUGACCUGCCGAGGACAAUUUUUAGGCAGCUGGGCUUUGCCAUGCCUGAGACAGGUACGCAACUUCCUGGGAAUGAGACCUCUACCUGCUUUGUGUAGACUAUCAGACCUGAGUUUCCUGCUCUGUUCAAAAGAGGUACAGUACUAAUAUGUUUAUGAAGGACAUUUACGAGGACAAACUGAAGGCAACCUGCCCUCCUGCUCCAGGAAGGCCGGGUGAAUGUCCGAGUGGAUUGUUCCUGAUCACCGUAGUCAUUACUCAGCCUCGUGAACCUCUUCUCUUUAGCCUCACUGCCAGCUCCAGUCCAUUGACGACUUGAACAAAUGGGCCCUGUUUCUUGUCUCUCCCUUUAUACUUGAAGCAGAACACAUAGCAUUUGUGACAGAGAGCAUUUGGGUACAAGGUGACAGUUUACAGAAACCAUCUUCUGAAACAGAGCCCUUCUUCACUCGAAACCCUUGGAGACACUAUAGGUAUUCCAUGACCUGGUGUCAGAUUCUUUUGGAAAAACUUGUGGUGGGGACGGUCAUUCCCACGUUUACAUGCAGCAGGAAUCACGGUGGUGUCCUGAUGAAUAAUCCUGGUUCCUGAGCGCCACCUCCAGAGUCUAAUGCAGCAGGUUGUAAAGUGGUCCGACUGUUGUUUGCCGUUAGCCUGCAGACCUGGGGAUCCCUACCAGCUAAUUGCUAAAGCAAGUGUGGACGACUUCAGCAAGCUGGGAGUGGCGUUCAUGGAAGAUCGACUCCAGAUGGAUAAUGGACUGGUACCCCAAAAGAUCGUCUCUGUGCACUUGCAGGACUCGGCUCUGAGGGAACUCCAGGAUCAGGCCCUACGCAAGCAAGCCCAAGUCCCGCAGCCGAACCCUGAACCCUCCCUGGAGACCGAGCCUGCACGGGACUUUAUGGAGCACCCUGGCAAGGAUGGCCCGAAGGCUCUUCCAGAAGGCUCUUCUCUUCCAGAAGGUUCUUCCAAGCCGAGGAGGGGCAGUGCCUCUGGGAGCGAGCCUGCUGGGGACAGCGAGCAGGGAGUGGGCGCCCUGGAGCAUUUUCACCUCCACCUGUCUAGUUGCCACGAGUGCUUGGAACUUGAGAACAGCACCAUCGAGUCAGUCAAGUUUGCAUCUGCGGAGAACAUUCCAGAUCUUCCCUAUGAUCAUGGCAGCAGUUUGGAGGGUGUUGCUGAUGAGAUCUGCUCUGAAGGAGAAGGGAGGAGAGUGAACAUCACGGGAAAGGCACCCAACAUCCUUCUGUAUGUGGGCUCCGGCUCCCAGGAGGCCCUCGGGCGGCUCCAGCAGGUCCGGGCCGUCCUGGCCGACUGUGUGGACGCCGACAGCUAUGUUCUCUACCACCUGCAGGAGGAAAGUGCGCUCAGGGACCCCUGGCCAGACAACUGUCUGCUGUUGGUCGUUGCCACCAGGGAGCCCGUCCCUGAAGACCUGUACCAGAAGUUCAUGGCCUAUCUUUCCCAGGGAGGGAAGGUGCUGGGCCUGUCUUCGCGCUUCGUGUUUGAUGGCUGGCAGGUAACAAGCAAGGGUGUGCUGCAGAAGACGGUCCAGAGCUUGGUCUUCUCUAAGGCCGGUGGGAGCCAGGUGAGGCUCAGCGUUCUGAGCAGUGGCUGUGUUUAUGAGGAGGGCCCCGGAGAGCAGCUCAGCCCUGGCAAGCUCCAGGGCCACCUGGACAAUGAGGACCAGGACAGGAUGAUCGUGCAAGUGCCUUUUGGAACCUGUGGAGGGGAAGCCAUUCUUUGCCAGGUGCACUUGGAGCUACCUCCCAGCUCCUCCUUAGUGCAGACCCAAGAAGACUUCGACCUGCUUAAGGCAAGCAACCUGAGAAGGUACGAAGUCCUCCAGGAGAUCCUCACAGCCCUGGGCGUCAGCUGUGACCUGCGAGAAGCUCCUGCCUUAACGCCCCUGUACCUGCUGCCGGCUGCGGAGGAAAUCCGGGAUCCGAUUAUGCAGUGGCUUGGGAGACAUGUGGAUCCUGAAGGAGUAAUAAAAUCCAGCAAGCUCUCCCUUAAAUUUGUUUCAUCUUACGCGUCAGAAUUAGAAAUUAGCCCAUCUUCUAUACCUGUGAUUACUGAUGCAGAAGCCUUCUCAUCAGAGCAUUUUAACUUGGAGAUCUAUCGACAAAAUCUGCAGACCCAGCAGCUUGGAAAAAUAAUUCUGUUUGCUGAAGUGACCCCCACGACCAUGAAUCUCCUGGAUGGGUUGAUGUUUGAGAUGCCACAGGAAAUGGGCUUAAUUGCCAUUGCAGUCCGGCAAACCCAGGGCAAAGUGGGGCGCCCCCAGCUGAGCAGCAGUAGAUUCCCGAUGGCCUGUGUUCCAGGGCGGGGACCGAACGCCUGGUUGAGCCCUGUGGGCUGCGCCCUUUCUACCGUGCUGGUCUCCAUCCCCCUGCGGUCGCAGCUGGGACAGAGGAUUCCGUUUGUGCAGCACCUGAUGUCCCUCGCCGCUGUGGAGGCAGUACGGUCCAUUCCUGAGUAUCAGGAUAUCAACUUACGAGUGAAGUGGCCCAACGAUAUUUAUUACAGUGACCUCAUGAAGAUCGGUGGAGUUCUGGUUAACUCAACCCUUAUGGGAGAAACAUUCUAUAUACUUAUUGGCUGUGGGUUCAAUGUGACCAACAGUAAUCCUACCAUCUGCAUCAAUGAUCUCGUCACAGAGUACAAUAAACAACACAAGACGGCACUGAAGCCCCUGCGAGCUGACUGCCUCAUUGCCAGGACAGUGACAGUGCUGGAGACACUGAUCCACACGUUCCAGGACAAAGGGCCCAACGGCGUUCUUCCCCUCUAUUACAAAUACUGGAUACACAGUGGUCAGCAAGUCUGUCUGGGAAGCGCCGAGGGGCCGAAGGUGUCCAUCGUGGGCCUGGAUGACUCUGGGUUCCUGCAGGUCCAUCAGGAGGGCGGCGAGGUCGUGACUGUGCAUCCGGACGGCAACUCCUUCGACAUGCUGAGGAACCUCAUCCUGCCCAAGCGGCGGUAGUGGGAGUGCAGGUGGCUCGGGCCUGCAGAUGGCAGGGACCCAGCACAGAGCUGCACAGGCAUCCUGCGGGCAUGGCGGCCACCAUUCCUCACCAGGGGAGCUGCAAAGCUAAUGUAGCAUUAUAGGUGAAUUCGUUCUCCUUCCAAGUCAUUUCAUAAUUCAUUAUUGUUUUCUAAUUUUCUGGGCUUUUGUGGUUCCUUUUGUCAUUGUCAUUUUAUUAGGAAUUUGAGGGUGCUUCCAGAUAGAGGGUUGACGGGUGGAAGACUUAGUGUAGGUAAAGCCCUUCCGUAGGUGUGAAAUUACUCUCCCCCUUUGGGCUUGAGUUUGUGUUUGACGAGGGGAAAAUGUUCUUUGGAAACAGCAAUGGCCUGAUCCAGAUACUCUCCUGGUAGAGGAGGCCUUUACCACUAGGCUAUUAAAAAGCAAAUCGAACAUGCUGGCCCAGGCCAGUGGUGGGGUAGAGAGAUCCAAUCACUGUGCCUAAACACCCAGGGAGAGAUUUUCCCACUAGAACAUACAGUGGCACUUAAUUGUUGUUUUACAUUUUUUGUUGGUAAAAAAGAAGAGGCAGGCUUCCAAGAGUUGCUCUCCACGGUGGUGGCCCAGUGUCUGUGUGCUUGGAGACACAUCCAGCUGGCAUGGUCGCAGUGACUUGUAGCGGAAAUCAGUCAAUUACUUCAACAUUAUUUUAUGUGCUCUGCUUCCCAAGUUCAAGUUUACUGCAUAUUCUGAAGAGAUUUGAUCAAGUUCAAGAUCUUUGAAGCAUCCAUGGGGCAUUGCUUAGAGGCAGGAGUAGAUGCUUUGGCCCCAACAGCUAGAGAUGAAGGUUCACUCUCAUGCCACACCAAUUUCAGGCUUAUUUCAAAAUGUACAGCAUUCCUGCAAGAUCACACAGUGCACAGAGGAGCCAAUCCAUGGCCUUGCAUUUGUAAAAUGGUUUGCCCUGUAUUCCUUAUAUUGCCAAGAAAGAAAAUGAUGUCAAUACCAAAUACCAUCAGUUUGGAGUAAGUGUGUGUGUGUGUGUGUGUGUGUGUGUGUGUGUGUGUGUGUGUGUGGCUUUAAAAGAAAACACUCAAAAUCCAAUGUGCUAAAAGUCUCCGCGGAAGAACAAAGGGAAGGAAGCCUUUGUACCUUGGCCAUUUCCAGAUGCACCCACACUUUUCUCCACGCAGCUUCUAUCUCUGUUGAACGUAUGAAUCAGACCCAUUACUUUUCAGCCUUAAAGAGCUGAUCUUUGUCCCCUCUUCUCUUUUCCUGCCAGUCCCAAUUGGAAGUUAGUGGAAAGAAAACUUGAUGGAGCCCUCAGCUUUGAACAAAAUCUCCUCACUGUGAACUAGCACGGUCUUUAUCCAGGUCUUACGCAGUCAGGCUAAUUCCAGAAACUUGUGGUUUUCAGUAUAAAAUCUGUCUACCUUUAGUCAGACGCAGACAGCCCCAUAGGAGGAAAAAGAUAACAUGUUUCAUUAAAUACACCAACCCAAUAUGUGUCUUUUGGAAUGUAACUUAAAAAGAACUUUGAAAGUAAUUUUUGCAAAUCAGGCUAUGAUUAGAAUUAUUUUUCUCCAAAAAAAAAAAAAAAAAAAAAAAAACAAAAAAAACACUUUCUCCUAAAUGCCCAGGUCUUCUUUUGGAAUUAGUGAUGAGUUUAAAUAAAAGUCACACCACCCCAAAAUUGGAAAAUGGACUACCCUUGAGAGGGAGUCUGCAGAAUAUCAUCAAGGACAAAGAUCUCCAAGCAAAUGUUGCAAGUUUCAUUUCUCAAACUUUGUAAUAUAAGGCAAGUCAUCUCUCAGAGCUGCCAUCAUUACAUUUUGAAUUUCUUUGGGGGAUUAUUUAAUGAAAAACAUGCUAUGUUUUGUUUUAAGUGAAGGCCUAUUCUGGAUAGUUCUGCUUUGGGGAAAAUGUUAUCAUUUAAUUUCCUUUCUGUAAAUUAAAACUAAUGAAGUGUGGCCAUGUCAAAGCAGCCGGAGAUGUUCUGGGCACGCUGCUUGGCCUCGGUAGUUGUGCUUUUUAAGGGUGUUGCUGGUGCAGGACAUCCAGUUGUCUUGAGGGAGACAAAAUAGACUUGAAGCAGAUGCUGUGUUUUCCAUAAACCUGGUUUUGCCUCAUAUAAACCAAAGACUUGGAAUUUCUGCCGUGUGCAGAGAAUGAAGGCGUCUUCCGGUAGAGUUGGAGAAGUCUGUCCACAGGCUACGCCACACUCUACAACUGGGGGAUUUCUGUGUUCAGCAAUCUGCCAUCUCAAGGAGCUUUAAAGUCCUAAUGGAAACUUUGUGUCUUCUCAUGACUUUUAAACCAUAGCCACUAAACUGUAGAACACUGGAACAUCCCCCAGUUUAAAGGUGGCACGUUGAGCCUCUACCAUGUUUUGUUAAAAAAGGCAAGAUUUCCCCCCUUCUGGAUUGGCGAGGGAAUGCUCCAAAACAGGACCCAGCAGGACCCAGAGCCCCCUGAAGCAAGGUGGGUGUGCUGGCAGGGACGUGGAGGAAGGAGGAAGGGUCUGGUUCCAGUGGGUUUCGCCACAGAACUUGACGUGGAGCAAGUGGCCCAUCUGGCCUGGGUGAGGGGUGGAUGCACAGGUCCAGGAAAGCCAAGGGACUGCAGCCUCUGGUGGCCCCGACCUCCAACAUACAGGGUGAUGGCCCCUCACUCUAGUGUCUGGGAGCAGGGAGAGAAGCCAGCCUCACCGAGUGCAAGGGGGACUCCAGAGGGGGCCAAGAGGGAGGACUUGGGGGCUUCCCUUCUCUCCAUCUACUGGCUGUCACAGACAGGACAGGAAAGGCAGAGUCCUUAUUCCCAGGUCAUUACUAUGCAUCUUUAAAAUGAAAGGAAAUGUAAACCUUUGCUUUUUUUUUUUUUUUAAGCUUUUCAAAGAAUCAUCUGUGAAAAGAAUCACUUUAAACCAAUGCCUAUAAAAAGCAAGUCUACCAAAUAAACUCUAAGACUUUCUCUGUUUCGAGUUUGUUCGUAUUUCUACUACACAUUUCAUUUUUUAAAAACAGGCACUUGCUUUUAGUUACAGUAUUUUUUAUUUAUAUUUAAAAGAUUUUUUUACAAAAUAAAUAAAAUGUUUUACAUAAUAAGGAAUAUGGAUGUAUUUCUAAGUAUUAAGAGGCUUGAUGGUUUUUGUUUUUAUGUAUUUUUGACAAAAGAGCAAUCUUAUUAUUCCGAAGAAAAAAAUUAGCAAAACCAGAAAGUUAAAAAAAGACAAACUUUAAUGGAGAUGAGAAAUAAAUCUAAUGUAACAAC